GGAGGGCGCCUUGAAGCAAGCUGAGUCUCUAGAUAUAAAGAUUGACGAGUCUUGGGGUGUCGCGGAUCUUGACCAGUGGCUGCAACAACUGCCAUGUCUCGAAACUGCGAUCAAGGCUGCCCGAACGUCACUGAGGAUGAUGUGUGGAGGGCGCGAAGAUAAGCAACUCUACUCCGAGGACACGAUUGAGCAGUCCCUCAACUUGUUCAAACGGGUCGUGGACGGCAUCGUCAUUCCUAUUUCGGAACUAAGGGGCUCGGAGAGCACCGCCGAGCUGUUCAAGGCGCUUUCUUCAAAUAAGAAGAGGAUCGCUCCCCUCUUUACUGACUGCCAGAAGCUUUUUUCUCUCAUGUCAACUCUGAUAUCAAAGAUUGACACGUCUGAUACCGUCACAAACACUCUGGAAUUUGCAGCAUCGCGACUCAUUUUCAUGGAAACUGCCCAUACAGAGAAGGACUCGGUUCUCGACACGCAAAAGUUUGACAGUCUUCGUCUUGUAGCCAUGGAUAUGCUUUCGCAAAUUUUCCUGCUGAAUCCGGCACAGCGCCAAGGGAUUUUCGACGAGAUCUUGACAUCAUUAGAGAAACUCCCAUUAGGGAAACGAGCCCGGACAUUCAAGCUGGUGGAUGGCAACAGCAUACAACCCGUUUCCGCACUUAUCAUGCGUCUGGUUCAGACAAGCGCGGGGAAGGUUGACGAUGCAAGGGGAAACAAGACCACCCAGUCUCCGGAUGGAAAAGACGAAGAUGGCGUGGGCGCUCCCAGUGGAUUUUCCUCGAUCCAAUUCUCAAUUCGAGACGAAGAGCAUGCUGCAGCCCAGCAUUCAACAGCGAUACAGGAGCUGGUUGCAGUUGCAAGCCCUUUGAUGGAUACGGCUCGGCGUAAUGCGUCGUACGUCGUCAACUUCAUCGUCAACAGGGCUCUUAAAUCGACCAAGUCGGGCGACACGCCCUACCGCAACCUCCUUGACCUUUUUGUCGAGGAUUUCACUUCUUGUCUAGACAAUCCAGAUUGGCCAGCAGCGGAGCUACUCCUCCGGCUGCUUAUGGCCAUGAUGAUCAAGCUUGUAGAAGGCGACAAGACCGGCGUGCCCGCAAAGAACAUGGCUUUGGAAUUGUUGGGCAUUAUGGGUGCUGCAAUUUCGAGGCUGAGGGGCCAUGUGCGGAAAACGGCGAGUGCACUGGACGCAAGAGAUGCUGGUGAUCUUGGAAUGUUCCUUUCAGACUUGGCAGCCGCGGCCCUCGAGCUGAAAUCCCGGCCGGAGCACAUGAUCGCGUGGUCGGGACCGUACCGUGCGACAUUGGAGUACCUUGAAAGUCGGUUCUCAGAAGACCCGCAUCUCUCGAGCGCCAUCUCUUACAUCAUAUCCGACUGGGCGUCCAAACUUUGCGUUGGAUACGACUCCCUCGAGGACGGGUUCGAGGAGAGAGACCAAGACUUGGGCCGUUUGGCCUACCGCCUUAGGGAAAUGAUCAAUGACCGCCGCUGGCUGGCGAACGAAUUCUCGUUCAAGGUAGUUUCCCUCGGCCAAGCCAGGCUGUCUUAUUCCAUUACGCUCCUGCGCUCCCAGCUGUGCGAGUCGUUUAGCAUGAUUUUGAACCUUCUCCUUGGCUCAAUGGCUAGCGAUCAGCCGACCGUGAGAAGCAAGAGUCUGAAAAGCAUCAACCAGGUGUUGGAGACUGACCCCUCCAUCCUCGACGGCGACUCUGUGGUCAUCCAGCUGAUUCUGAGGUGUUCUAAUGACUCGUCAACCCAGGUGCGAGACUCGGCGUUGGGGCUCAUUGGCAAGUGUAUUGGCAUGCGCCCAGUACUGGAGGAGAAGAUGACUGGGACGGUAGUUGACAGGUUUAUCGACACUGGACCCGGUGUGCGGAAGCGAGCCAUGAAGCUUGCCAAAGACAUCUACCUCCGCAACAACAACAAGGUGGUACGGAGCGCAAUUGCAAGCGGCUUGCUUCACCGCGUGCAAGAUCCUGAGGAGAGCGUGAGAGAUCUCGCGCGCCAGGUGAUUGAGGAGAUAUGGUUUUCUCCUUUUCACAAUGGAGAGAACUCGGCAGUGUCCCAAAUUUCGCUCGCAGAGCACGUUGCUCUGAUGGUUCAGACAGUGAAGCAGGGAAACAUCACCAACGUUCUGGACAAGGUUUUGCAAAACUUGCUAGCCCCGGAGUCCAAGACCGCCCAGGCAUCUCUACAGGUGUGCACGAAGCUAGUCGCGAGUAUGUUCGAUCUGGUCGACAACCUAGAUUCGGAAGACCCAUCCAUCCCAUCAGGUCUAGAUGCCCUUCGCGUCCUGAUGAUAUUCGCAAAGGCGGAUGCCAGUCUCUUCACUUUUGAACAGCUGCGUCUCCUCAAGCCUCACAUCACCAGCAUCAAAACUAGUGAGGAUCUGGCUGUGUCGAGGGCAGUUGUGGUUAUAUACCGCCGAGUUCUUCCUCAACUCUCGAGCGCCCAUGCGCAGUUUCUUGCAGAAGUCCGACAGGCGUUAUUGCCCGCUGUUUCCUCUGUCGCACGGCUCUUGCUUGACGAUAUCGUAGCUUGUCUCUGGAUUAUCAGCACCCUUCUUGAAUCCUCGCAGCACCUUGCGAGGUUGGCGGUAUCUAGCCUGAUGCCGAUGCAGAAGUUGCGCAUCACCAGCCAAAGCCAACAUCUCGAUGAGCGCAGCAUCCGACAAUUCGAGCGAUAUUCGCUCAUCAUCGGAAUGGUUGGCAAACACUGUGACCUCGACAGUGAGCACGAGAUUUUCAAAUCCAAAUUUCCAAAAUGGAGCGGGACUUCUGUUCCGCAGCUCAUGGUCAACGUCGUGGUGCCCUUCGCCGCACAGUCUCAGCCUCUGGAAGUCAGAAAAGCGGCGCUGGACUCAGUUGGCCUGGUCUGUCAGUCCUGGCCACGGAAUUAUGUAUCUGCAAAUGUGUACACCAUUUUCCAGCAGGUGUUUGACGAGCAAGCCCCGACUCUAGAAGCCAUGAUUUUGCGGUCCUUCAAGGAAUUUCUCCUUACGGAGGAAAAGCGGUCCGAACAAGCUUCCGAGGCACCUACCAUUAACGGCAACAAAUCGGAAAAGAAGCGCGAGCUCACAGUCAUAGGAGGCACCAACUACGAUGAUGUAGCAAGCGCCACGACACAUCGGUUCUUGGCUCAGAUCAUACGCGUGGCCACGUCCACCCAAGACGACCAUGCUUUCCUAGCCGUCGAGGUGCUUGCCAGUAUCAACCGACAAGGCUUGGUUCAUCCCAAGGAAACAGGCGUGACUUUCAUCACGCUCGAGACAUCGUCAAAUCCUCGGAUUUCAGAACUUGCCUUCCUGGAGCACAAAGCUUUGCACGCCAAGCACGAAACCGUCGUGGAGCGCGAGUAUGUCAAGGCAAUUCAGUCUGCGUUUGCUUAUCAGCGAGAUAUCGCCAAAGACCCACGCGGCGCAACCGCCAACCCCUUUGCCCCAAAGCUCCAACUAAUGAUGGAGGUUCUCAAAAUAAGCAAGUCCAAGAACCGCCAAAAAUUCCUUGAGAAGCUCUGCGCUCAAAUAGACUUUGACGUAGCUAGGCUUGACAUUGCCGAGGAGCUUCCGCCCCAUGUGCAAUAUUCUCGCUUCCUCGUUGAGAAUGUCGCCUUCUUCGAGUAUAUAACCAUUGGCGAGCUCCACUCGAUCGUGUCCUCGAUGGAGAAGCUUGUCACGUCAACUGGUGCUACAGUGGCCCAGGCGAUUGAGUCGGAGGUUUUCCGAGUCCGGGUAGACAAUUUGGAUGCAAAUCCAGCAGUGGAAGGAGGCGAAACACAUGCUAUUCCGCAGCAGCACAGUCAGCCAGAUGUUGACAUAAGACGACUGCGACAAUUUGCAGCUGGCUCCAUGGUUUUGCUCGCUCUAUGGGAGGCGCGCACCUAUCUUCGCCGGUUGUACAACAUGGGCACUAGCCGUCGCGAGGCGAAAGGGAAAUCGCAAGCAAAGGAUCUCAACAAGCCACCCACCAAGGUCCAGGGUGUCACGGGCGAGAAGCUCUGGGACGAGAUCGCUACCAUCAUGACGGCGCUGACCUCGCGCGACCGUAUGAUGGAGACGUGCAAGGCUUUUGUCGAGCUCAUGACGGUUGACAAGGAGUUCCUUGUUCAGGAAGACGACGACGAGAUGAACGGUGGCGCUGAGGACCCUGCCACUCCCGGCGCGAACGACUAUGAUGAAGACCAGGCUGACGAGCCUUCUACUGCCGGCCGUGGCCGCAAACGUAAGGCGGGUCCAGGGACCGGCAACGGCAAUACCCCAGGCGGCAGGAAGAAACGCGCACGCUCAUCAUCGCAGCCCAGAAAACGCGGCCGUCCGAGAAAACAGAGCAACGACGCCCCGGACGCCGAUGGCGAGUUUGAUGAGGGUGACUGGAUGUGACGGUGGAUAAACUAAUUUCGCCUUCUUCAUGGUAAUGUGUAUGUAUAUUAUUGAGAUUUCCUUGAGCGGCACAGGUCGGGGCUGGGGUGGGGAUUGCGGGAUGAUCACGGAGUUCCUUGGUUGCUUUACGUAUUUUCUCUUCGCCUUUCUCUCUUGGGAUUCCGUAUAUCAAUCAUUCCUGGAGUUACGGAGACGGGGAAUGGUGUGACAAAACAGCACACACCAUUUUAUUUUGCUCUACUUGGGACGGCGGCAUUAGCGGAUGUUUCUGUAGCUGCGGUGGAUACGUAUGAUGAUACCUCUUAGCUUGAGAAGGAGAACGCCACUACAGACACGAAAGCAUGAGAGCGAAGCACAGCCCUUGCUUUUCUUUCUAUAUCAUUAAUUAUAAGGAAAUUAGCACUCGGUCACGGGGUAGAUUUUCAACGCUUAGGUGGGAAGACGUAGGAAGAGAUGAAAGGGGAUAUAUAUGGAACUGCCUG